AUGGAUGUCUUGAAACUGCUAGAACAACUUAUCAAGUCACAGCAAGAGCAAUCCGCAUUGCUUCAGCAACAGUUCCUGCAGUCACAACAACAAUUUUUCGAGCAUAUGGCAAGGCAACUUCCGCCAGGAUCGACACAAGCACAAGCAUCGAACACGCUUGCCAGUAAUGCCGAGAACCAAGACGAAUUCCUGAUGAAGGCCUUGGGUAAAAAUAUUCGAGAAUUUGAUCCCACAUCAGCUGAUCAAUUCAAAUGUCUCAUGUUUGUAAGUGGACUAAAUACAGAAACGGAAAUCCGAACAAAACUUCUUUCACUACUGGAUCGCUCUGACAAACAAAAUAUUACGCUGCAUGACUUAAUCACGAAAACACAACGUCUUGUAAAUCUCAAACAGGACACUGCUAUGCAAAUUCAACAAACUCAUCCCAAAAAGUCACAAAAUAAAACCAACGAUGCUGACCCAUCUAAGAAAUCAAAAACACCAUGUUGGUUUUGUGGCGCCAUGCAUUACUCACGUGACUGUGGAUUAAAAAAUCAUAAAUGCAAACAAUGUAGUCAACAAGGGCACAAAGAAAGCUACUGUAAGACUUCUAAACCUACAAAGGAAAGCCAGUCAUCACAAGUCAAGCAGAUUACUAGCGGAAAUCGUAGAAAACACAUAAUGGUACAAAUCAACAAGAUUCCAGUCAAAUUACAGCUAGACACUGCAUCGGACAUCACAAUCAUAUCCAAAUCUAUAUGGAGAAAACUGCAUCAACGAUACUUUCCUACAACACAAAACGCUCGUAAGACUUUCAUCACAAACGUUCAAAGUCUGAAUGUUCUAGGUACAGAUUGGUUUGACAAGCUUGGCCUUGGGGAAGUACCUAUCAACGCAGUGUGUACAACCAUAAAAUCUCACAACAGAAUCCAGGAAAUUCAAUCAGAAUUUUCUGAUGUAUUCAGUGAUACUCUGGGUCAUUGCACCAAGACAAAAAUCAAUCUGCAUCUCAAACCAGAAGCCAAGCCAGCAUUCAGAGCAAAACGUCCAAUCGCAUACGCCGCAAUGUCAACGGUUGAUCAAGAACUGGCCCGCCUUUAAAAAUUGGGUAUCAUAUCGUCAGUCGAGUAUUCAGACUGGGCAGCACCCAUCGUAGUGACACGGAAAUCAAACGGCGAUAUUCGCAUAUGCAGUGACUUCUCAACACGACUCAAUCAAGCAUUGGAACCGCAUCAAUAUCCAUUGUCGACCCCAGAGAAUAUCUUCGCAAAAUUACCAAACAAAAAAAUAUUUAGCAAAAUUUAUUUUUCAGACGCUUUUCUGCAAAUUGAGGUCGAGAAGGAUUCAAGGCAGUAUUUAACGAUUAAUACACAUCGAGGCUUAUUUGUGUACAAUCGAUUACCAUUUGGAAUAAAGACAGCCCCUGCAAAUUUUCAACAGAUUAUGGAUGCCAUGACUGCAGGGUUGUCAGGCACCGCAGCAUACAUCGAUGACAUUGUGGUAACUAGUGAAAAUGAAGAAGAACACGAUCAAAAGUUGCAAAAUCUUCUGCAGCGAGUUCGAGAAUUCGGAUUUUGUCUCAAACCACAGAAAUGCCAAUUUUAUAUGAAACAGAUCAAAUAUCUGAGUCAAAUCAUUGAUGAACAGGGGAUUCGUCCGGAUCCAAAAAGAACCAAAGCUAUCGCAAACAUGCCGAUCCCACAUGAUACAGCUACACUUCGCUCAUAUCUCGGUGCAGUAAAUUAUUACGGUAAAUUCAUUAAAGACAUGCACAAGUGGCGGAAACCACUGGACGAGCUUCUGAAGACAAAUUCCAAAUGGAAUUGGUCCAAAGAAUGUCAACAGUCAUUUGACAAGUUCAAGAACAUUCUUCAAUCAGAUCUCAUGGUAACACAUUAUGAUCCAAGUCAGGAAAUAAUCGUGGCAGGUGACGCUUCAAACACGGGCAUAGAAGCAUGUAUUCUACAUCGUUUUUCUAACGAAGUAAUCAAACCCGUGUAUUAUGCAUCACGCACACUAACCACAACCGAGAAAUCAUACAGCCAAAUAGAGAAAGAGGCCAUUUUUGGUUCACGUAAAGGCAUACCAGUCUACACAGCUAACAGACUUCAACGCUGGGCUUUAACACUUAAAGCUUAUGACUUCAACAUUGAGUAUGUCAAAACAACGGAAUUCGGGACACGAGUCUUGGAACGACUUUACAAAGCACACCCAGGAAUGGAGCGCAUGAAAUCAAUCGCGCAAAGUUUUGUUUACUGGUCGAACAUCGAUCACGAGAUACAACAAUUUGUCCGUGAAUGUAAACAUUGCGCCAAAGCCGCUAAAACUCCAACCAGAGUUCCACUGGCAUCGUGGCCAACGCCGCCAGGGCCGUGGAGCAGAAUCCACAUUGAUUUUGCAGGUCCAAUGAACAAUACCAAGCAAAUGGCCUAA